UUCAGCACACUAAAUGAAUUUUUUAAUUUAAAUUUGUGCUUGCUUUGUAUCCUUUGAUAUAUUCCAUCAGAGGAAGAUACAGGAAGGAGUGGAAGAAGUCCAGGGAAAAAGAGAUUAUACUCACAGGUCUUAGAGAGACAGUCACUGGUGUGUAAAAUGAUUUCAGUUCUUGAUCAUGGAAAUGGAAAUUAUCUCACAGCUGUUAUUCCAGCCAUAAUGAAAUGAGCAUGCCAGGAAGAUAGUGACUCAAUAACAUACUGUCCAGCAUAGUGGACUUGUGUCUUCACAAUUUGUAAAUGUCCUCGUAUUUCAUCAUCCAACAAUGAAACAUCAGUGCAUCUGGAAGAAGGAGUUGUCCUCAUGGGGAAGUCUCUCCCAACAUGUUGUUGAAUUUAUUUUUUAUUAUUUAAUUUGUAUUUCUGUAUAUUUUCCCAUGAUGAAUAAUGUUUUUAUGUCCAUCCACAGGUCUUAUCCAAAACAGUUCAAUUUUAUGUUCAACACAAAGAUUUCUUCCUGUAUUCAGCACCAAGAUUUCUUCCUGUGAAAUGUAGUAUGUACAGUUACUACAAGAGAAAUGGUUGAUGUUUACCCUUUAUUAGUUUUCUGAAUGAUGAGCUGUUUCCUUAAGCUCUUCCAACUUUAACUUUUGUAGUUAUUUUUAUAACACUUAUAGGUGUUUGGUUUAUAUGAGUCUAUUUUGGGGAAUUACUAUGGUACAAAAAUCACACCAGAGCAGCUUCUUAAGGUGGAAUCACUGACAUCGGUGUUCUAUUUACUUGCUUUCUGUAUAUGAUAAGUAGCUUCACAAUUAACUGUUGGAAAGUUCCUGUCCUAAGUAUGAAAUAAACAUUUUCCUCCUCCCCUCAAAAAUCUCUUUACUUAUACUGGGACAUAUAUUGAAUCCAUAAACUGGGUGCUAGAAUUAGGUAUUGUUGUAGGAUUGUCCAAAAUUUUCAGAUUUUUUUCAAUGGAAAGCAAAAUCAAAUACAUAUCAAUUUAAAAUCUAAUAAUACUUGUGUUAGUACUGUCUGCUGUCAUCACUUGUGAAUUUUAACAUUAUUCAAAUUCUUUGGUUUUAUAUUUGCAUUUAUUCCAUCUCCCAUAAUUACUCUUUCCCAUUGAUAUUAACAUAUUUGAUUCAAACUACCAAUACAUUAUAGUAAGCUAUAUAGACAAUACAUAAGCUUUCUUUGUAGCUAGUCUGGCCUUCAUAGUUUCCUUUUAGGGAUAUACAGUCAAAUUACGUAUUUUCAGUUACUUGAAGUAUUUCCUUUACAUAUAAACACCACUAGUCAAUAUAUUUUUUAACUUGUAAAUUUAAUGUCUUUAAAACAUUUACUUUGCUCUAAUAUCUUUUAAUAAUUAGGUGAAAUAUGUACACUUCUACAAAUGAAACACUCUAAUCAGUUUUUUUUUUCUUUCAAAGUCUAGCUUGAGGACUUCCCUGGUCAUCUAGUAGUUAGGAAUCCACCUGUCAAUGCAGGGGACACAGGUUCAGUCCCUGAUGCAAGAAGAUUCCAGUGCCAUGGAACAACGAAGUCUGGCACGGCCACCACUGAAUCCCGCUUGCCUAGAGCCUGUGUUCUUCAACAAGAAAAGCCAUGGCAAUGAGCCCUGCACCACACCACAGUGAAGACUCAGCACAGCCAAAAAUAAAUACAUAAAAAGUUAAUAAUUUUUAAAAACAUUUGGUGAAUGGGAAAAAAAAGUCUAGCUUUAAAUUCCUCCCCACCCUAUAUAAAUAUAUGUUGUGAUGCCUGUAUAUACAUUUCUCCAUAUAUCUGGGAAAAUUCCAGCCCAUUCUACACACAGUUUCGUACCCAGCAUUUAAAUGCCAAAUGUAUCCAGUUCAUGACUGUAGAUAAGAGGGUACAGACCUUCUUCACUCAAUUUACACAUGUACAAAACUCGGUCGCACAGAUAUGCCACACAGAUAAUGCUUUCACACAGAUCGCAUUUCCAAGUAGAACCAGAUCGUCAUGAGUAAAGUCUGCACCCAUAAACACACACUUGAUGCUCACCUAAAUUGCGAAAGUAUGUGUUAGGCUUAACACUGGAGGAUACUGGGCAUGGAGAUGGUGGCGACUUUUACUUUUCUUUCUGGAACUAACCAUUCCUCUGGUUCCAACGAUUAAUAAAAUCAGUGUCCCACAGACACCAAUAUGAUGGCUUCUUCAAAGUGGGAAAUGGGAAUUAUCUUAGUCACUGAGAUGGGAGUGGGGAUCCUUGGGAACUCAUUCCUCCUUUGUCUUUAUAACUUCACUUUGCUCACUGGACGCAAGGUGAGACCCACAGACUUGAUUCUCAACCAGCUCGUCUUAGCCAACUCCUUGGUGCUUUUCUCUAGAGGGAUCCCACAUACAAUGGCAACUUUUGGAUCCAGGAAUUUCCUGAACGAUGCUGGAUGUAAACUUCUCUUCUAUUUCCAAAGGGUGGGCAGAGGGAUUUGCCUUAGCAUGACCUCCCUCCUCAGUGGCUUCCAAGCCAUUAGACUUUGCCCCCAUUUCUCCAGGUGGCUGGAGCUCAGAAUGAGAUCGUCAAAGUUUAUUGGCUUCUGUGUCUUCCUUUCCUGGCUCCUCCAUCUUCUGGUAAAUAUCUCUAUUAUUCUGUACAUCACUAGUCCAACACGCAAUGAAAGCUAUAGUAUAAACGUAAGUUAUGGAUACUGUUUCACUUUGAAUUCAAACAGAGUUGUAAGGUUUAUAUGUAUGGCCAUAUACUUCACAAUGGACUUUGUAUGUUUGAGUCUCAUGGCCUGGGCUAGUGGCUCCAUGGUGGUUUUCCUCCUCAGGCACAAGCAGCGAGUCCAGCACAUUCACAGCAACUGCCAUUCUUCCAGAGCUAGUGCCGAGGCGAGAGCCACGUCCACCAUCGUGAUCCUUGCCAGCUCCUUCUGUUUAUUGUACUCACUGGCUUCUCUUUUGUCCAUUUGGAUGAUUCUAUUUGCUAUUCCGGGCCAGUGGCUGGUAGAUACCUCUAUAUUUUUGUCUCUAUGUUUCCCAACAGUCAGCCCCUUUGUGCUUAUUUACAGUGAUACCCGUGUCACUCAUAAGACAGUUUUGUCAUCUUGGAGGUGAGGAAAACACUUUUUGCUAAUUUGGCUGUGACCAUUUGACUCUAUUCUCUAUAGAAAACUCAAUUUCUUUCCCUCAUUUGUUAAUAUUUAGUUUACUAAGAAUUUUCAGACUGCUCUUCACAGUUUUUUUUCCUGUAGUUUAUC